AUGGAAAUAAAAAACAGUGGUGAACUAAGUGCGCUGUUUGAGGAUCCACUGCGAGGGAUCGAGUGGCUGCAGGGCAAGGGGCUCCUGAAGCGCGAGCAAUCGUGCCCGAAGUGCAGUGGAGCCAUGAAGCUUAAAAAAGUGACCGCCGGUGACCGGGUGAAGUGGCUGUGCCGCCGUAAGGCGUGUGCGGCUACCUGCAGUAUCCGGACUGCAUCCAUUUUCUACGACGCGAAAAGUAGCUUGGCUACUUUGACGCGUUUGUUUUACGAGUGGGCGGCAAAGUCGCCCGUGAGUCGCGCGAUGAGCGAGACCGGGCUGAGCCGCUGCGCGGUCCUGGAGUGGUUCAGGCUGCUCCGCGAUUUCUUGUUCGAUUUUGAGUUUGAUCGAACAUCACGACAAAUCGGCGGAGCAGGGAUGACCGUCGAGGUAGACGAGACGAAGGUCGUCCGCCGCAAAUAUAACAUCGGCCGGAUCAGCAGCGCCAACAAGGAGUGGUUGGUUGGCGGUAUUUGCCGGGAAACCGGCGAGAUUUUCUUGGAGCGUGUGGAGGCCCGGACCCAGGCUGUGCUCCACGAGCUGAUCCAACGGCACGUGGCACCUGGAACGCGGAUCCUUUCCGACUGCUGGGCGGGUUACAACGGACUCACCGGGUUGGGAUACGAUCACGCCACCGUCAACCAUUCAUACAAUUUCGUGGAUCCGCUCCAGGGUGAUGUACACACCCAACGAAUUGAGAAUGUGUGGCGGUGGCUGAAACACUUCCUAAAGCAGAAGGGCACCAACAUUCAAGGAUCGUUGGAGGGCUACUUUGCGGAGUACAUGUUCCGCAAAGAGCACGAGAACGAUUCGGCUGACGUCUGCCCACGUACCCACCAGCAUCCACACGAACAGCAGGACAAUCACCAUCAUCCGGCACGGAUCAUAUCCGCGAUCGGUUGA